AUGGUGGCGAAAAGACGGGGUCAUUUGAGAACCAAAGCAGCCGCGAGGCUGGCGAUGACAAAAUCGACGGAAGAUGCCCCUACAAGCAUGAUUAAAAGCGAUAUCGGUACAGAUAUGGCUGAUACAGCAAUGCAUAUGGACGAAGAUCCUCGCGCGUUUCUUCACCAGGCUAAGGAAUCCAAAAGGGACAAAAGUGAACAAAAAUCACAGCAAUUUCUGGCAAGGAUCAAGGAAAGCUCUUUAGGGGCCGGCAUAUCGAAAUCUUCUUUGCGUCGAAGGAAGAGAAAGCUCAGAGAUCGACUCAAACCGCGAAUGGAUGAUUUACUCGUAUCCUUGGAGCAGGAGGUUGAUAUUGCUGGGAAUGACGGUAAGGAAGAAAAUAAAAGGAAGCAAGUUAACGUGAUUGGGGGUCCUAAAACUGAGGGAAAUUCAUCUGGUUUAAAGAAAAACCAGCCCAGUAUCAGAAAACAGAAAGGUGCCAAGUUGCUCAAUACGCGCGAGGCAGACCGUUUUCAGACCGUGCUACACAAUGUACAAUUUCAGCAAAGUCCAUUCGCUACGCUGAAGGAGGUUAUUAAAAUGAGAUCAGAAUAG